GUCUUCAUCUUUUGAUCUUCCAAAUCCCUAGUUUUCUUCCUUCUUCUACUCCCACCAUGGCAUUGCCAUCAUCAUCACUCAUGGAGAAUCUCAUCAUCGAAGAGAGAGAAGAAUUGAUGGUUUCUUCUGAUGACAACGGCGGCAAAGCCCGUUGCUUGAGAAAAGCCCAUUUCCUUAAACCCUUCUCUACCUCCAUUGAUGGCUCUGUUACUGUAGCCAAGCUUCCCCGUCACGAAGAUCAACGUCGCUCUGAUACUUCUCUGCAGCUAGAGACUUCAAGAGAUUUCUUCUCUGGGUUUUGGUUCGCAGAGCGUCAUUUCGUAUCUUGGCUUGGAAAAAUGGAAGCUUUGUAUAAACCCAUUUGGAAAAAAGCUGGGAUUUUUGAAGCAAUCAAGGCAUCUACUUACAAUAUCACGAAAAGCCCGUCUCUGAUCUUCUCCGUUUCCGAGAAAUGGUGUUCCGAUACCAAAUCUUUCAUCUUCCCAUGGGGUGAAGCUACGAUUACGUUAGAGGAUGUUACGGUGCUUCUAGGGUUUUCUGUUUUGGGUUCCCCUGCUUUUGCUCCUUUACAAACCUCAGAGAUGAGAGCUUCCGCAGCGAAACUUGAGAAAUUUAGACUAAAGAAAGCUAUCAGAGGUGAGAGAGUGAGCUUAAGAUCAUGGAAAUCGAUCUUCUUUGGUAGAGGUGAUCAGAUGGAGCAUGAAGCUUUUCUUGUUCUGUGGCUUUCGUUUUUCGUUUUCCCAGCUAGAUCUCGUCGUUGUAUCUCCAAACAUGUUAUACCAAUCGCUGUUCGUUUAGCUAGAGGUGAAAGGAUUGCUCUUGCCCCUACUGUUCUCGCUGCUCUGUACAAAGAUUUGGGUCAACUCAGUGAUUUCGUUAGAGGCAAAUGUGUUGGCAAAGUUAAUCUCAGGUCUCUCUUUAAGUUAGUCCAAGUUUGGGCGUGGGAGAGAUUCAGGAACAUAAGACCAAUGCCUAGAGAUAUACCCAAAGGUGAACCUAGGAUAGCUCAGUGGGACAGUCUUUCACAAGGAUCUAAGGAAGUAAAGCAAAGGAGAAGAAGGCAAUGAUCGAUGAUGCAACCAAGGAAUCAGAGUCUUGGCUACAUGAAGAUAGAGAAAUGAAGAAAAGAUGCGUUGGAAAAUUUACCAGUGAAGUUAAAAUGGAAGAUGUUGAUGAAAGAUUGAGGCAGAGAAAGCUUGCAAUAGAAGGGAUAGCAUUGGAGCUGGAGACUCGUAUUAUCAAGGUGCAGAAGAGUUUGGCAAAGAUUAGAAAUUGGAAAACCAGAGGAAACCAGACCAUAAAUGGAGCUUCUGCUUAGCUAGUUUAUGGCAUUUGAUCCGAAACAUCUCAGGAAAAUCACUCUCUGGAGUCAACUUUUGUAUAGUCGAUUAUUAGAGGUAAAGUUGGUAAGCUUUCAAAGAAAGACCUGUGUCAGAUAGUCUCAGAUAACAAUAUCUUCCACAAGCACAUUGCAAACUACA